AUGGCGCAAAUAGAGCCCCUGGCGGGGAAUACCAAGUAUGAGAAGAUCAGGGAUUUAGAUAAAGGCGCCUUUGGCUGGGUGCAGCACGCGCGCAACCGAGAGACGGGGGAGGAGGUGGCGGUGAAGUUCAUCGAGCUGGGCCCCCGCUUCUACCAGAAGUAUGUGGAGCGGGAGAUCAUCAACCACAGGCUGCUGGCGCACCCGCACAUCGUGGGAUUCAAGGAGGUCUUUGUCACGCACAAGCACCUGGCGAUUGUGAUGGAGUAUGUGGGGGGUGGCAACCUGCAGCAGUAUGUGGAGGCGGCGGGGCGGCUGCCCGAGUGGCAGGCCCGCUGCUUCUUCCAGCAGCUCAUCCUGGCCCUGCAGUACUGCCACGCCAACCUGCGCAUCGCCCACCGCGACAUCAAGCUGGGCAACGUGCUGCUCAACACCAAGUACCAGAUACCCAUCCUCAAGCUCUGCGACUUUGGCUACUCAAAGAACAUGAUGUGGGGCAGCGUGCCCAAGACGCGGGUGGGCACCGCCGCCUACAUCUCGCCAGAGGUGGCGCGCUGCCGCGGCGACGAGGCGUACGACACGGAGAAGGCGGAUGUGUGGAGCUGCGGCGUGACGCUGUACUGCAUGCUGGCGGGGCGGUACCCCUUCAUGGAUGUCGACCACCAAGUCAGGCUGAAGAAGAUCCAGGACCUGGUGCCCGCCGACGUGGACGCCGCCGUGUCCAAGCUGCCCCCCGACGUGUCCCCCGACUGCGUGGCGCUGCUGCGCCGCAUCUUCUCCAUCGCCCCCGCCCAGCGCCCCGCCCUCGCCGACAUCAUGGCCGACGCCUGGUUCCGCCAGUUCCUGCCAGACCUGUCCAAGCUGGCGGUGGCGCAGCCGCGGGAGCAGCAGGGGAUGGAGGAGAUCACACGCAUACUGGCGGAUGCCGACCGCCUGAGCCAACUGCGCGAGAAGAUGCCCGACGACUUUGACAGCGAGCUGAUGGACGACGCAGAGGUGGACGACAUGCUGGAUGAAGUGGACCCGGCGCAGGCAGAGGCAUACCGCCGCGCGCUCUAA